UUCCUGUACAUGGCGAGGACUCAUGAGCGUCGUCAGUCGUGUUGAAUAAUCAAACGCUAGUGUUCAAACUGUGUUUUAUCCUUUUACUAGAACUUUCCACCAAAUAAAUCUAUUUACAUUAUUUGAAUCAACGAUAUUGUGUCAGUUUUGUGUGAAAAUGAUGAACAUGGAAACGGAUGAGAUUAUCGAAGAUACAAAUACGAAUCUUCAGUAUCCAAUAACAAUACUUUAUGAUCCUACUCGCAAGAAAGAAUUGCCAUCUGGAGUUUCAGCACAAUAUAGACAAGAAAAAGAAACUUGUAUGAAGCUUUUUGAGAAGUGGAGUGAACCAGAACAAGUUAAUUUUGUUGAACAAUUAUUAACAAGAAUGUGUCAUUAUCAGCAUGGGCACAUCAAUGCAUAUUUGAAACCAAUGUUGCAAAGAGAUUUUAUUUCUUUAUUGCCAAAAAAAGGAUUAGAUCAUGUAGCAGAAAGUAUUCUUUCUUAUCUUGAUGCUGAUUCAUUAAUUGCUGCUGAAUUAGUAUGUAAAGAAUGGCAUAGAGUAAUUAGUGAAGGAAUGCUUUGGAAAAAAUUAAUUGAAUGUAAAGUUCGAACUGAUUCAAUAUGGAGAGGUCUUGCAGAAAGGAGAGGAUGGAUUCAAUAUUUAUUUAAACCAAGACCAGGAGAAAGUCAUCCAAAUCAUAAUUUCUACAGAUCUCUUUAUCCCAAAAUAGUUAAAGAUAUUGAUAGUAUAGAUAGUAAUUGGAGAAUGGGAAGAUUUAAUCUUCAAAGAAUAAAUUGUAGAAGUGAAAAUUCUAAAGGUGUUUACUGUUUGCAAUAUGAUGACCAAAAAAUUGUCUCUGGUCUUAGAGAUAAUACUAUUAAAAUAUGGGACAGAAGUACAUUACAAUGCAUUAAGGUCUUAACAGGACACACUGGUUCUGUCUUAUGUUUACAGUACGAUGACAAAGCAAUAAUAUCUGGUUCUUCUGAUAGCACUGUAAGAGUUUGGGAUGCUAAUACAGGAGAAAUGGUUAAUACAUUAAUACAUCAUUGUGAAGCAGUUUUACAUCUUAGAUUUAAUAAUGGCAUGAUGGUCACUUGUUCAAAGGAUCGUUCAAUUGCUGUAUGGGAUAUGACAUCACAGACGGAAAUUGCAUUAAGAAGAGUAUUAGUGGGUCACAGGGCAGCAGUGAAUGUUGUUGAUUUUGAUGAAAAAUAUAUUGUUUCUGCUAGUGGUGAUAGGACUAUUAAAGUAUGGAAAACAUCUACUUGCGAAUUUGUGCGAACAUUAAAUGGACAUAAACGGGGUAUAGCGUGUUUGCAAUAUAAGGACUGUUUAGUAGUUAGUGGUAGCAGUGAUAACACGAUCAGAUUAUGGGAUAUUGAAUGUGGUGCGUGCUUGCGCGUUUUAGAAGGACAUGAUGAAUUGGUCAGAUGUAUUAGAUUUGAUAGCAAGCACAUAGUCAGUGGAGCUUAUGAUGGAAAAAUUAAAGUAUGGGAUUUGGUGGCAGCAUUAGAUCCACGUGCUUUAACUAACUCGCUUUGUAUACGUACAUUAGUGGAACAUACAGGUCGUGUAUUUCGACUUCAGUUCGAUGAAUUCCAGAUAGUAUCGUCAUCACAUGACGAUACAAUAUUAAUUUGGGAUUUUCUGAAUUUUAAUCCAUCAAAUGGAUCUGUAUCUUGUGGACCUGCAACAAUAAAUGCAUCAGGUGUGAAUCAAUCCGAUACUAGAUCUCCAUCUCCAUUCGAGUGACGCAUCCCUAUGAAUAUUUCUUCAUUGUGAUAUAAUUACAAGUGAUUAGUGAGUGAGUUCAAUGUGUUCACGAUAGUGUACGCAGCAAAUGAAGAAUCAGUGUCCAGUGUGAACAGCGCUUAAAAUGAAACAGAAUCUCAAAAAGACACGGUCAUUGACUUUUGUUUAUUAUUUGCUGUGAAAAGCAAAAGUAAUUCUCUAAAAUAGGAUAUAUAUGAAGUGACACACAAAACUGCGAAUUAAUUUAUAUGCGCUUGACGCACUGCGUUUAGUAACGAACAAUAUAAUUAAAAUCACAUAAAUACAUCCCAUGGAUGUAAACAAUUGUUUGCUUUGGCCAUAUUUGGAAUUCUUCUACGCUCUAUGACAUGAUAGAAGUUGACCAUUUUCCUACUACUAUGAAAAAAAGACUUACAAUACGUAAAGAAAAUGAAAAUGUUUUUAGGCUGGAUACACUUAAUAAGAUGUUAGCUGUAUUAUAGUAAAUUAAUGAUAUUUUUUUUUUAAUGUAAUUAAUUUAUAGUAAAGAGAUUGUAAAAUGUCAUUUGAUGGAGUACUUAUCUGGUGUGAAUGUGGACGUUCAAAUCUUGAUAUGUGGAAGGAUUAUUAUAAUUAUCAUAUUUCAUUAUCUUCUAAAUCUAGCUAAUGUGAAAUAAUUAUAUCCAUAUCUAGCAUUAUAGAUGUACAGUCAUUAAUGGAGAACAUAGUAAUUUCCAUGAACAUUAAUUUUAUGAAAUUUAUAUUAUAUAUUAAAAAGUAAAUGGAAAACUAA